AUGGGGAUUAGCACGCUCCCAGAGCAAUCGAUGGUGGUCUCCCCCCCCCCCCCCCCACCGGACAUGCAGGCAAAUAUUUGUGCCCAGACUUCGCGGGACGGCGAGAAGGAAUUUCAUUCUUGCGCCCACCUGCGGCUCGACCGCCUGGCAUUAACCCCUUCACCACCCCAGGGGAUGGAGGGAGGUGCCCCCCCUGGUGCCCCCCAUGCGGGCAGCGGAGUGGGCAAGGAGUGCGACAGGGCGGCAUUUGGUGCAGAUGGUUGGCCGCAGCUCUGGGCAGGCCUGUGACAAUGCUGAUGGUCGUUGUGGGCACAGCACAGUUUAUCCUGGCAGUCCCCUAAUAGACAAACCCUGUGCAGGGCCUGUGGAAUAUGGAAAAUGGGCAAACCAUGCCAGCCCCCCACCCGGCUGCCCUCUGCAGCACAACCACCUUCCUGGGCUGCUCCUGGGAGUGGGAUGGUGGGGCAUGGAGAGCUCUGUUUGCCCACGGAUGUUUAUUGACAAUUUGCAAAUGUAAAACAGGACCGGAGGGGGUUGAGAUCUUUGCCUGCGGUGGGGUGAGGGGAGCACAGGGCCUGCUCACAGCAUCCUGCUGGCACCCCCAGCUCCGUCCCUUGUUCCCCAGCCUCUUUGUGCCCAGCUGGGCCCUGAGCAAACGGGGCUGUUUGCUCACUCCGGGAUUAGCUGCUCUCUUUGUUCCUUUGACUUUCUCUUCCCUUUAUGCCGGACCCUUUUAUGGGGGCUUCAAAGGGGGCUCUGAACCACCACCUCCACCCCCCCACUGCCUGCAGAGCUCACGUUGGUUUCCCGUGUCUCACUGCUUUGCAGCAACAUCCUGGCGGUGCCUACUGGGGACACCUGGGUGGCCCUUGGGGACAGCAGCUGUGUCACCUGCCCAGUCCUCCCCCACUGCCUGGCACCUCCGGCUGCCCUUGGCACUUGUUGGAGUGGGUGUGAACGGCUGCUCUCCACAGCAGGAUUCCCGGCACUUUGCACCCUGUAAGCAGAGGUGGGAAACACAGCACCGGGAUCCGGCCAGCUGCACAGCUCCGUGUCCCCCCAGGACAGCACAUCCCGGCAGUGCCAUUCCCAGCAGGAAAACAGCGAGCUGCCUGCUGGCAUUGCUGGAAGGAACAUUUUGGGGUGAAGGGCACCCUGCGGUGCUCUGGUGUCUUCUGGCAUCCAGCAGGCAUCCUGCCACGUACCAGCUGCCCCAUUUCCCUGAUGAGUUUUUCGUCUAAUUAUGAAGGCUAUGGGGCACUGCAGAACUCCAACCCAGCACCAUGAGGGGCAACGUGCCCAGAGAGGGACGGGGACCAGGGCAUACUGCUGGGGACCGUGAGAAGGGAUCAGAGUUGGGAGUGAGGACAGAGCUGUCCCAGGGUGCCAGCAGGGUGCGUUUGCAGCCCGUCACGUCCGCAGAGCCGGGACACGGCCAUACGGGGAAGCCCAGCGGUGUUUGACCCCAGUGCUCACAGCUGCCGCCAAACCGUGCUGCACUGCGUCACCAGCGCUGUCCCCAUAGCCAGAAUGGGGCUGCAGGAACCCACCAGGACCCCCCGCCGCUUGCAAGGACCACCUUUGUGCCACAGCUAGGCACGGCCACCGUUCCCAGCACCAAUAUCCCACUCGCAGAUCACUCACGCCCAGGGCGAGGGGCAGGUGAGUGCCCGAGGACGCCCUUCCCGAUCCCGGAGCCAAGGGAGGAAGCGGCUGGAGGCAGGAAGCCGUCCCCAGGGCCCCCGGAGCACUUUUGCUCGAAGGUCAGCAGCAACACAACAGGAAAUCACGCUGCCUCGGCACGGCGGCCGGGCCAGAGUGCUGCGCCGUGCUGUGCUGCCCGAGGGGUGUUCCCAGCCCCCAGUCCUCCAUCCCGGCCCGGCGGCUUGCGGGGGGGGGGCCCGCACCACAGCUGCCCUCCAUGGAAGGGGGACGGGAGCCGGGGAGCAGCCGCUGGCCCCAGGGCAGAGGAUGCAGGGCUGAAGCCCCCAGCAGAGCAUGGAGCUGAACAGACUACUGCUCCUCACAUCUUUUCUCCUGCACAUCAAAGAAGGCCAUGCCAGGCCAAUGGGGCCGGUCUGCGACAAGAGACUGAUCCAGAAGUACAUCGGGGAGGCCAAGGAUAUGGAGAAGAGAAUGGUGAGGAAGCAACGCCUCCCAAAACCCAGUAUCAGGCUGGGCUGGCAGGACAGAGCUGGAAAAAACUCCCGGCGUCUCACUACAGCAACUCUUCUCCCCCAACAGAGCGAGUGCCAGGCACUACCCACACUCAGCUGCCCUGUGGUUCUGCCUUUGGUGGACUUCAACAUGCGACAGUGGAAAAGCAAAUCGGAUGAGAUCAAGUGGCGUGAGAUCCUGUGCAACCUGGUGCUGCUGGUGGGUGCUGUGACAGAAGCUCAGGGCCAGGUGAGCCAGGAAUGUGGAGCCAAUCAGCUGAGACAGCUCUAUCGACAUGCCAACUCCUUCCUCCUGCUCCUGCAGACCUUUGGCUGGGAGGAAGGGCCCUGCUGCUCCCCAAGCUCCAUUGAGCAGACUCAAGUCACUGAGAUCUUCCUCACCUACCGACAGUUGGUGCAGGGCAAGCUGCGCUUCUUCUUCCACAACCUGGCUAAGGACUCAUGUGACUGAGACUGGGGCAAGCAGGGACCUCCAGCCCAGGGCCUGAUGAAGCUGUACACAGGAUUCAACACUGAUAAGAGGUCAGAGCAAUCCCAUAGGACAAUGAGCCGUGCUCUGGGCACCCAGGAAGGUGCCACAGGGAAAGGGUUGGCUCCCUUUCCACAAGCCUUUGGCUAUCACAUGGCUCACAGCCACACCUGUGCAGCACGAGGCACACGCCUUGCUCCUAUCAGACUGUGAAUGCUUUACAAUUAAAGACCUAUUUUUCUAAA